ACUAUAGAAAUAGCAUUUAUCACCAUUUGAUAUUCCUUAUAAGGGACAGGAAAGGUUUUAGAGCUGAGAAAUUCCUCAUAACUGAGAAUUUGAGGUUCAUCAUGUUGUAGGUCUGCUCUUUAGUGCCUUGUCUUCUGUUGUCUGCUGCUGAACAGGCAGUGACCUCACGGCGCCAUAUUAAAAUGCUCCCUCCUCUCCGCCUGUGACACCGGAGCUUAGCAGCAGCUGCUAGCCGCCAGUCUGCUUCUUACAUCCACCGGACUGACGGAGGGCGACGACGUGAUGGAAAUUGACUCGCUUCAAGAGGCGCUCAGAGAUUUUGACAAGAAAACAAAGAAGGAGGCAUCUCCUCUUCUGGAGCAGUUUCUAUGUCAUAUUGCCAAGACAGGGGAGACCAUGGUCCAGUGGUCUCAAUUUAAGAACUACUUCCUGUUUAAACUGGAGAAGGUGAUGGAUGACUUCAGAGCCUCAGCACCUGAGCAAAGAGGCCCUGCAAAUCCCAAUGUGGAGUCAAUUCCAUUUGAAGACAUGAAGGAGAGAAUCCUGAAGAUUGUGAAGGGAUAUAAUGGAAUCCCAUUUACGAUCCAGCGCUUGUGUGAGUUGCUCACAGAACCCAAGAGGAACUACACAGGAACGGAUAAGUUUCUUCGGGGUGUGGAGAAGAAUGUAAUGGUGGUAAGCUGUGUUCAUCCAACCUCAGAGAAAAAUGGAUGCAGUGCCGUCAAUAGAGUGAAUGGAGUGAUGCUUCCUGGGAACACAUCUGCUUUUACAGAGAGGAAAGUGAACGGUCCGGGAACUCCCCGGCCACUGAACCGACCGAAGUUGUCUCUGGCCAACUCACUAGCAGCAAAUGGCCUGCCAGACAGCACAGACAACAAAGACCUCAACACAGAGCAAGAGGGCGACAAAGACUCCAGCGAGGUUUCAGCGUCAGGAGGUUCCCUGGGGAGCUCCUUGAAGAACAAACACGAAGAUGAAGAAGAGGACAUGGAGGCUGAGCAGCAAGACGUGAAGAGACUUAAGUUCAGCGAGGAGGAGGAGGAAGAUGAGGAGGAUGAAGAGGAGGAGCAAGAGGUGGACACAGUGAGGCCUUUACACGCCACCUGCCUCUCAAAAGAGGCAGAAGCCGAAGCCAUGGUCCAAGAGGAAGAGGAGGAGAAGGUCGGUUGCAGCAAGGAGAAUGAAGCCUCCAGCAGUGCCGCUGCUGUGGAAGACCAAGAACCAACCAGCAGCACGCAGGGCGAAGCGUGUGCGGGCUCAGGCCAGGAGGCGGAGCAGGACGAGAGGGAGGUGCCGUGCGGCUCCCAGGAGGAGGGCAGUGACAUGGAUCAGACAGAACAGCAGGCACCUGCAUGCGUUGUAGAGAGCCCCGAGACCAGCAGGGACAGCGAGGAGAGCAACAGUGACCCAGUGAGCAGCAGCAGCAGCAGCAGCAGCAGCAGCAGUAGCAGCAGUGGUAGCAGCUGUAGCAUAGAGGAGAGUGCGGAAGUGGCCAGAGAAGACGUAGCUGUCGCUCCCUCCAGCAGUACAACUGAACCUCCUACAGAGGGCGCCAUGGAUAGUGCCACCUUGAACACUGGGACCACUGAGGAGCCCAUGGAGCAGGACUAGACUGAAGGCACGUGUGACCAUAAACCAGCUUGUCCUUGAAUGCAGCUUGACUGUCACUGGGAGUGAGGAUAACUGCACCUCAUACACAAGACGAACGCCUCGUCCCGCUUUUGGACACUCCUCCAAAAUGGCUACCUGGCAUUGAUGUGGGCAUACAAAUGAAAUUUUAUUUGAAGUUUUUUUUUGUUUUGUUUUGUUUUUUUGUUUUUUUUUAACUGGAAUAUUUUAUUGAUCUUCUUAUCCUCUGUUUUUAAGUUUCUCUGAAGAGGGGUUGGUUUCAGCAGCCUUCAGUUUCUCGGCUGCAUUUCUUUUCUUUGUUUUUUUGUGUUCGUUGGGGUUGUUUUGGAUGCUGUGGUGGUCUGGUUCUUUUGUUAUGCCACUCGCUUCAUUUAGACAUGACAGGAUUGGUAGUUUUGUACCCUUUAAGCCCUGUGGUUAUUUGUACCACGCUACCAGGGUCAGAACUGAGCCAUAACAGCCACUCUUUAUUUAUAAAAUAGUUCAAGAUACGAACUACUACCAACAUUUGUUUCUCACUGAAGCACUUGUGCUUUAGUCGAGCAAAGACCUGAGCCUAACACCCCAGCACCACUAUGUUGUUACUCCACCAAGUUCCACCAGGCUGUUGAGAACAUACUUUGUUUUUAAAAUUUAUUCCUCCAUCCUUGUGAGAUGGGAGACUAUUUCUUUCCAUUGUGUCCUUAUAUGAUUUUUAACCAUAUUUUUGGAAUGAUACACUACCAAUCCCACUCAACAAUACUAUAACUCGCUACCUUGUAGAGGCGUCCUCUGUAAAAUGAUAUAUUUUGGAUGCAUAAAACCACCAUAAUUUAUAUGAUCAUUUCAAUUCAAUGAGUUAUUUUGGAGUAUGUUUUUGUUUCGUCUGCCAUUUGUAGUUUCCAAAACCAGCUGUAAGUACAAAGAUGACUUCUGCUUUCUUUGUAUUGUGAUGUCACCAUGUUGUCUCACCAACCGAUAUCCAGAGCAGUUUCUGGUUCCAGUUCUGCACCUGUUUCUGCAGCUGUACUUUUUGAUAUUUAGAAUUUUAAAUUUCUGUAAAGUAGAUUUUUGUAGAUUGUAAUACAGUAUGUGUUCACUGCCUUUGUGAAACCAUAUAUAAUUGUAUAAUUUCUGUGUAUACUCUGAAUGCUUUUGCCUUCAAUGCGGUAUUCAGAAACAGCAAUAAAUGUUAAGAUUUUUA